AUGUCUAAGUGCAUUAAUGGGUUGAGAAGUAGACUAACAGCCAUAAUUGGAGCUUAAUGGGGAGAUGAAGGUAAAGGAAAACUUGUAGAUAUCUUGGCUGAAAAAUAUGAUUUUUGUGCUAGAUUCAAUGGAGGAGCAAAUGCAGGACAUACUAUAGUUGUUGGAGGUGUAAAAUAUGCAUUUCAUUUGUUACCAUGUGGAAUCUUAUACUAGAGUUGUAUGAAUGUAAUUGGAAAUGGUGUUGUGGUGAAUAUUCCAACUUUAUUCGAAGGUAUCUUUUAUAAUAAUGUUAAGAAUUGGGUCAAUUAGAUAAAAAUAGAGUAGAUUAUACUGGAAGAUUAGUUAUAUCUAAUAGAGCUCAUCUUGUUGUUGAUGGAUUAUUAGAGGCAGAUGCUAAAAGUGAGAGUGAUUCAAGAAGUAUUUAUUAUUUUUAUCCCUAGAAAAAUUUCUUGGUACUACUAAAAGAGGAAUUGGACCAACUUAUUCAGCAAAAGCAUUGAGAUAAGGAUUGAGAGUUGGAGAUUUAUUACAUUGGGAUACAUUUUUAUUGAAAUAUCAUUCUUUAAAUGCAAAAUUAAGAGAAUAAGAGGGAAUAUAAAUAGAUACUUAAAAAGAAAUCAAUACUCUUAAAGAAUAUAGAGAUAUAUUAAUAAACAGAAAUAUGAUUGUAGAUACAAUAUCUUUAAUUUCUAACGCCAGAAAGGAUGGAAGAAGAAUUUUAGCAGAAGGAGCUAAUGCUACUAUGUUGGAUAUAGAUUUUGGAACUUAUCCAUAUGUUACUUCAUCCAGUACUAAUGUAGGUGGUGUUUGUACAGGAUUGGGAGUACCUCCAUCUGCUAUUGAAACUGUUAUUGGAAUUGUUAAAGCUUACACAACUAGAGUAGGAGAAGGACCUUUCCCUACAGAACUUACAAAUGAAACAGGAAAAUAUUUAUAGAAAACUGGUCAUGAAUUUGGAGCAACUACUGGAAGACCUCGUAGAUGUGGUUGGUUAGAUAUUCCUAUUUUAAGAUAUUCAAUCUAAAUUAAUGGACAUUCAUCAAUUAAUCUUACUAAAUUAGAUAUUUUGACUGGACUUGAAGAAAUUAAGAUUGGAGUUAAUUAUUUAUAUAAUGGAAAAGUUAUUGAUUAUAUUCCUGCAUAAUUAGAAGAUCUAGCAUAAGUUGAAGUUGAAUAUAUCACUAUGAAAGGAUGGAAAUAAGAUAUCUCUGAUUGUAAAACCUUUUCUGAUUUACCAAUUGAAGCUUAAAAUUAUGUUAAAAAAAUAGAAGAACUUUUGGGAAUACCUGUUUCUUGGAUUGGAAAUGGACCAUAAAGAGAAAAGAUUAUUUUAAAAGAUUGA